AUGUGUGGCAACAACAAUGCUCAACAGGUGGCCUCACCACAGUGGUAUCCCACAAGACUGAUAGAUGUUGGAGCUCCAGAGUCGGAUAGAAGUAGCGUCAAGCUAAUUGAGACAGGAAACAGUUUCCCACGUGGUUCAUAUGUGACGUUAAGUCAUUGCUGGGGAAAUGCUGCCACCGUGUUCAAGCUUGAAAGGGCAAAUAGGCAGGCUCUACUGAAAGAGUUGCCACCUCUGGCUAAGACAUUUGAAGAGGCAAUCAACGCAACAAAACAGCUUGGAGCUCGAUACAUUUGGAUUGACUGCAUUUGCAUUAUUCAAGAUGACAAGGCUGACUGGGAGAGGGAGGCCAGUCUAAUGGCCAAUGUAUACCGAAAUGCCAUGUGCAACAUAUCUGCAACGGCCUCUUCAGAUUCCACCGGUGGUCUUUACUACAACAGAGAAGGUAUAUACACCGGUAUCUCUCUCAGCUACCCAGAGGAACGUGAGGAGUUGCUUCUUAUCCGAGAAGAGCUCGAAGUAGCUGACGACAUCGAGUUUGCUGCAAUUACAAAGAGAGGUUGGGUUUUGCAAGAACGACUUCUGUCUCCAAGGACCGCCCACUUUACGAGUCGACAGCUCAUUUGGGAGUGCAAUGAGCUCAUAGCGUCCGAGAGUUUCCCUGAAGGCCUUCCUGAUUUUUGGACUUAUUAUUACGUACCAAAGAGGCUCAUGGCCGAUGCUCACAAGACUUUAUCCGCAGGUGAUUUAGUGGAGACUUGGGGAGAUGUUCUUGAGCGCUACACAGCUGCGAGUCUAACGUUUCAAUCCGAUUUACUGCCUGCAUUGUCUGGCAUUGCGAAAUAUCUACAGGAAAUAUCCGGAGCCACUUAUCUUUCUGGAAUUUGGAAAACACAGGAAAAACCUGUGGUGAACUUGGCUUGGGAAUGUGAACCAAAUCUAUGUCGACCCACAAACUAUCGAGCACCUUCGUGGUCCUGGGCUUCCACUGACAACACAGUGAAAUUCGAGCCGUUCAAAAGCAUAAGCGAUAGUCAUGGAGAUGGGUGGUUUGGCGCCGUAAAAACGAAAGCAGCAAUUGUAGAUGCGCAAAUAACGCCUGCUACAUCUGAUUUGACAGGGCCCGCCUCGUCUGGAGUUCUUACCAUCGAAGGACCUCUCAACCAAAUAACCAUAAACCCCGAAUUGGAAGUGUUUCUUGAUGAAGAACACUUGGAGAUGAUGAUAUCUUUUGAUGAACCAGAAUACGAAGAGGGAUCGUUUUUUAUCUUGCCACUGUAUUCGUAUCAUUCUGAGCAUGGUCACGAAGAUGGGAUCGAUCAGAUUGUUUAUGUCUAUCUCAUUUUAUCCCUAGCAAAAGAUCAGCCAGGAUGCUACACUCGUUGUGGGUUAGGGCGUAUUGCAAGAUGGAUUUAUGAAUGGCCGCCCAUUUGGGACAAGGUUGUUAACGGAAUGGAUGCAUUGUGCGACGAAUUUCUUGGUUUAGAACGAGGACACAAAAUUCGAAUCGUAUAA